UUUGCAGCUGAUGACAUUUCCUGAAAAAGGUCGUCAUAACAGCGUUUUUUCGCCCAUUUGCUGUCUUUUACUCAUAAUUGCAUAUAUAUAACAAAUAAUGAUGGUAUAAGGGACAUUUUAAACGAGUCGGCUUUAAAAUCAAAGCCUUAAGAUACCAUCCGUGGCCUCUCCAUUUCACCUUCAAAAAUCCAUGUCGACCGAUCUCGAUCAGUUUCAGAGUUUGUCCCCGCAACAACAGCACAAACAACACGUACGUUUUGACAAACGAAAGCCUCUAAUUCGCUAGGGAGCCAGGACACGUUAGCAAAAUCAUCGAAGCUUUAGUCGGAGAUUAGAAAUCGAAUCUGAUACCUGCCAACCAUAAACUAAAGUAUUUUUAUCUCGCCAAGCAACAUGGAUUCUGUGAGUGAUAAUUCGAUAUGCUAUGUAAGAAAAGAACAGUCCAACAGUCUUCACGGACACAACAUCGAAGAACCUGAAAUGGCUUGGCAGUAGACUGGCUGAAUUGGCCAUCAGGCUUUAAGCCUAUCCUUUCAUUUUAAAAUAGAAACAAAUAUGGCUUUUAUUGCCAUUGAACAUGGUUAUCCAGACUUUUAUUCUAAGUUUUGUGCCAAGAUGGUUUUCCUAGAUGCGGUAUCCCGAGAGUAAGAUGUCCCUGGACUCGGCCAUGCCAACCUCUUCCAUACAGGCCUGGCUUGGCCAGGAGUUGGAGACAAGGGGCAUUGAUGCCAUGAUUUAUACUCGCUAUAUACUGAGCAUUCUGCAGCAGGACAGCUUCGAGUUCGAGCACAUCGAGUCGGAUCUGUUCCCAAUGAAGAAGGACUUGGUACAAGGGAAGAAGGAGUUUCCUCCAAAGGGGAAGACUAGGAUGAAGAAGGGUGAUCGUCGCUGGUCAGUUGAUGGAGAGGAGAUGAAGAAGACAGUUGCUGUUGAAUGUCUCAUGUCAGUGUCUGAUGUGACUGAAAAGGAUGAAGGUUUGAAGAAAUUAGUUGAGGAGACCUAUAGGAAACUGAAGGAACAGCAGCAUCUUGAUGAAACGACAUGUGAAGUCCCUGGAAGCGUAUGUGUCUCCCCUGUUGCAAGGUCUGCUUCUCCUAGAGCGCCUGCAGCUGUACCCAGCCCACCCAUCCCAGCUGUUGUGUGUGUCCCAGAUGUUGAGGAGAGCUUGAUGAAGGAAGAACUCAAUACAACCAGAGAAGGUUACUAUGAUGCCUUCCCUGCACUUCUUGACAAGGAUGGAACAGAGACUCCCCAAACUCCCAAAGAAAAAUCAAAUACCACCGUCAUGACUGUCUGGCAUAAGAAGAAUGCCAAACUGUCACCUGCAACUUCUGAUGUCGAACAUGCUACACCAAGUGAGCUGAACCAAGAACGCCCUGCAUCUAACCCACAGCUGAGGCGAUCACAGUCUCGCGGGAGCAGUGGUGAAUCAGACGAAGGUCAGAAAGGGAGGAAACCAAGACAUAAAUCCAGGGAUCAUGGAACGUCGAGUCCUGGGCAAGAUCAACGAAAACCUGAUCACGAGAUCAAUAAGUAUGGAAGCAAGUCUGCAGAAUCCUAUAGCAAGGGUUCACGUGGACCACAGAGAUCUCAUUCCCAUAGCCAAAGGUACCGUAGCAAAAGUCAAGAGAAGUUUUCAGGAGGACGGAAUAAGUAUACCCCUCGUCCUUAUGUUUUCUACAAGUUGAAGUCAAAUCGAGAUCCGAAGGGUCAGUUUGGGAAGGAUGUCCACCAGCCGGGGAGGAACCGAGGCAGGCAGCCUGGGGCCGCUUUCUUUACUCCACGUUACCCAAUCUCACCAGCAAAGUUGGGGAAAGCACCAAAAUUCUCUGAUAGCCUAAAAAUCACCGAUGAUAUUCUUCGCCUUCUACAUGUCCGCCCGGAACAAGAGCAGUGGUUUGAUGAUUUGGUUUCCGGUACUUUUCCCCGUCAUCCGAUAAGAGUUGGUCACCAUCCACGCAAGCCUAGAGAUGACAAUGAUGAUGAUUUGUUCUUGUAUGAUGGGCCUAUCGAGACUGUUUUCCCACCAAGUGAGACUCGCCAGGGUAGGCUGUAUGAACGUCAUUCCUGCAGCAGUGUUGAUGAUUUGGUUAUGGCUGCACAUGUUACAGAUACAGUCACGACUGUGGACACCACUGACACACAGAAGUCGUCCCGGUUUCUACCGUUCAUACUCAGCAAAGAUGAUGAAAAAGACUUGGAUGAUUUUAAUAUUCGUCUGAGCCUCUCCAUGAUUGAGAAAGAUUCCGAAGGUUCUGAAGAUGAGAGUACACCGCGCCAGGAAGAAUGUCAACAACUUGCAGCUGAUACUGAUGCCCUUGUACCAGAGCUGGUUAAAACAGAGUCGUCAUAUUCUGAAGAUCAGUGUUGUAAACUGGGUGAUGUAAAUCUAAAUGAUCGUUGCAGGAAGCUGGUUGUAUCUUCGUGUGAUAGUGAUGAUACCUUGAAGACAUCAAGCAGCUCAGAUUCAGAAAGCACAGAAGAAGAUGAGUACGAUUUCAACAGAUUUACUGAGUUCAUCGAAAACAAAAAGAAGGGUAUGAAUGGGGUUGAAGCCCUGUCGGAUGGUAUGACUGAUAAGAGCCGCAGUGAGAAGUUAGCACUACAGAUAGAUGGCGCCCAAAGUCGUGGUAUAAGUCUUCUUCGGGAAUUGCAGCCGGAGAAUUCUGAUUGGUUGAGAGGUGAUGAGGAAUCUAGUGGAAGCGAUAACGAACAACGAUGUAGCCCCAGUCUUGCCAAAGAGGUAGCAGUGCCGUCUUUUGAGAUGAAAGAUGAUCUUCUAUCUGGAGCAAACGAACAAACAGAGAACUUGGUAACUGAAAAAGAAACAGGUUCAGUACAAUUAGGCGUCGAAAGUGAAGAGAAGUCUGACGGUGGAAGAGCUGGUAAAGAUGCAGAUGCUGUUGUAGAGGAGUUUAAUGACAAAGAUGUGAUUGAAACUGUCCUUGACGUUGGAACUGGAGGAAACGCUGGAGUAGAAGCUACCUGUGCUGAUCCUGAACCACAGGAAGGAGAGAUACCCAAAACUCAAACCGACCAGCAAGAAGUUGUAACACAUUAUGAAUUUCCAGAAAUUGCGGAAAUCAAACCAGACGAUGAAGAAGCAAGGCAUGAUGUAGCUGAUCUUAUAGAUCUCAAAGUUUCGAUGGAAUCCAAGAAAUCUUACAUUGAUGGUCUUGAGGAGAUGUUUGAAAAAUUGGGCGUCUUUGGUAAAGCGAUUGGAAACAUCUGUGAUGAGAUCAAGAAGAUUGAGGAUGUCAGUACCGCAGCUGAUGAUGUUGAGAAGAUUGAGUUGCCAAUACUCAAGACAGAAGACAGCGAACCAAGUGAUGUACCUUUGCUUAUUCAGUCUGAUGUGAAAGUGAAGAGGGUCGACAACUUAAGGAAACUGAACAAUCUGACAGUUGAUGCUGCAUUGUCGAAUAAACUUCAAGGGUCAACCCAGGAUACCAGCACCCUGUCUCCUAAUCGCUCGAGACUUGAUGGUUUCCCUACACUGUUGCCAAAGGAGGAAGAUGUUCCUGCGACUGUAGCUGCAGAUGAAGCAGACCAGUGUAUUGCUAAAAACUUUGUAAAUAUCGACCUCCAAGCUGAAGAUGGUUUUGCAAAGUUACAAGAAUUGUCUACAUUUCUCGAGUUCCGCGUUGAAGACAUCAAAGAGCUGCUCCCACAAGAGGAGUGUUCAGUAGUUUCAGUAGAAGAUACUGAAGUGGUUGAGGAUGUAGUGGCAUUGGAGCCUAAAUCUACCAGUUCAUUGAAGUCGAAUGUCCCGAGAUAUUUGAGUGACAAUAAGCAGAAUGAGAGUGUGGUGCUGUCGCAAAGCCGAGCUACAGAGAGCUCAGAUGAUGAUGUUAAAAUGCAGGUUUUCACAGUUCCCGCAUCAAGUUUUAAACAGAUGGGAGAUGUGUUCCUCACUAAGGAUGAUGUUGUGGUCAGGAUUGCGAAUAAUGAUUCUUCAGAUGAAGAUGCUACAGAUGAGUCGGACACUGAGAGUACCAGUACAACAACUGGAAGCGAUGGCUAUAGUGAGAUAUUAGGUGACUUGGAUUCUAUCCUUGCUGGCAUAAACAUCAGUUCGGAAGAUAUCACUGCAGAUAUGGCUGAAAAUAGUGUCCAGUUUCUGGAAGAUUUGAAGCUCCUGGAUGAGUCUUUGGAUACUAGUACAUCAACUGAUGAGAAUAGCGGGAGUGAUGCAGCAUGUCAUGGUGAUGCUUGGACUGUCUCUGAUGAAGAUGCAAAACAGUUUCCGAGCAGCCAAACUGAACCUGUUCACUCCGGCUUGCAGCUCAGUUUGUCUGACACGAGUGAUCAUGGAGAAUUGCCCCAACCAGAACCAGAGCACCCAAGGGGAGUCAUCGGUUGUGACAAUGCUUGGAGCAUCUCAGAAAAUGAGAUCCAAACAAAGCAGUACAAGCGGUUGAGUGACAACCAACAGGAGCAGAUACAACACCAUAGUUUACAUCGCAGCCAGUCUGAACGGAAAGAUCUGGGACUUUUGCCACUGGUGCACUGCAGCAGUGAAGUUAUGGGACAUGAUACUUGGAGCGUCACAGAAGAUACAGUCAGGCAAUCUAAUAACAACUUUGGACUCAACCCCGGCUUGCAUCGAAGUCGAUCAGAUCACAGUGACAUCCUGGGACAUGGCGAUACAUGGUCUGUCUCUGAGGAGGACACAAUCCAGACAAGGCAACUAAACAACAACCAAAGUACUCUAUCAGUUAUUCCCUCUGGCUUACAUCGUAGUUCAUCCAGUCGAAGUGACCAUGGGCUCCUGCCUCCUGUUAUAAACAUCAAUUCAAAUCUUGAUGUUUUGAAUACUGAAGUCACCGUAAGAGACCAUGACAGAACAGCUGACAGCGGCAUUUCACAAUAUGCAGAAGAGAACUGUGAGAUGGCUGAGAAUAUUGCCCUUGCGACUUGUGGAAACCUGAGUUCUGAUGGUGACUCGUGCUCUGAGAUGUCUGAUAGCCCCUGUCUUGAUAGUCCUGAGCAGACACCACUUGCCAAACAUAUUGCUGCUCUUACAAGGCGAAGACAUCCAGGGAUAGGGAAGAAAUGGCCGCCUGCAUCUGCAAAAGAAAGUCAAGAUGACGGAUAUGGUGAAGGGCAGGUCUGCCCUGAACAAGAUAAUGCCAAGAAUCUGUUGCAAGUGGAUAAUGAGCCUUGGAAUAGAAGUAAUGUCAGUCAAACAUAUUUAGGUUCUCCGAGGAAUCCUGACGUUGCCACCUGGGGAUCGAUGUCUGAAACCACUGGGAGUGUGCCGACGUCAAAAGACCACAGUCCAUGGCCAACCCUUGAUAACAUGUUCAGUGCGGAGAACAGCAACUGGCAGGAUCGUAGUACACCAAGUCUCUCGUCAUCCUCAUCACACAGCAUGCGAAGAGUGGAUGCAGAUUGGCAGAGUCUUCAACUCAACACAUCAGAGAACACUGGCAUAGGGGAGCCUCUCUAUGUCAACGUCAAUGAUGUCUCUUUGGAUAACAGUAGCGAUACAUUGUAUUAUCUACCUAGUUUAUCUGAUUCUCCUAAAGUUGAGGAUCUCUUGGCUGAAGCUAGUAGUAUGCUGGAUAGCAUGGAUCACGAACGCUUUCAUCAGCUUCUAGUUGACAUCGAGAACCAGAGUGAGAGUGAAGCAGAUAACAUGGGUGACUUUAGUGAAGCUUUGCAGAAGUUGGCUGUAAAUGAAGGCAACUAUACUGUCUUACAAGAGCUGGAUAAGUUGUUUCAGACUUAUAUGCACGCCGAGGGUCUGUCCGAUGAUGAUAAGCUACUGAUGGAUGCUGUUGAUGAUCUGGCACAAUUCACUGAACAGGAUCCCAAUCGGUGUAUGUCCCCUGGAGGGGAAGAAUACUCGGGCCAUGAUGAUCAGUGUGACAAGAAGCAUACUGCCCCCGGUAAUGUCGGCCAGGGAGAUCCAACAUAUAAUCUAUGGAAUAACUCGGGCAAGGAGAUCUCGGGGCAUCUCAAUUGGUACAUCGGCGGAGAGGAUUCUCUUGGUAAUCUAAACAAGGGUCACAGUUGCAGUGAUAUUGCAUAUUGGUCGGACACGGAACUGAUAGAUGAAAAGCCAGACUUGGUCAUCCAUACGUCGGCAUCAUACGGACAGCUAUCAAGUCUUUCAAGAAAGAGAUCCAGACACCACCACACAACCCCAGGUUCUUACAUUGGUUUACCUCACAGCCAAAGUGCCAAUCUCCAGCCGUCGGAAUUCUCCGCCUUCAAAGAUAAGAUACCAGAGAAGAUGUCACAUGUACGAAGUGAACCACAUCUUGCUUCCCGAAGUCGUAGGAUCCAGGCAAACUUUAAAAGUGACAGCGACUUGCUAAAUAAAACUGCCCCAGUCAUCACAUUGCAGAAGGAGACGAAGGCUACGAUUGGUGAAGGAUACAACAAGAAUAAGUCUGACAGCAACGAUCUUGUUAUUUCACCGAAAACUCAUUUCCGUCCAAUUCACUCUCUGACACAUGAACCUGAUGUUGGUGGAUAUAAUGCCAAUGCAGCAACUGAGGCCACUGCCCAAGCAGCUAUUGGAACAGCCAUACAGCAUGUCGAGAAACCACCGUUGUUUUCAUUUUCGCCAGACCCAAAUGAAGACUACCAGCUGUUUGUUACAUCGGAUAGCGAGGGUGAGACAUCAUUUGUACCCAAGUUCAAGGUGAAAUUGGAUGGUCAGAAAUGGUCGCAGACGGAUAAACCUAAGAAAGGUCGAGCAGUAGGAGAAGGGAAGGUCAAGACAACUGGAAGCUUCACGGAUGAUUGCAUAGAAACUUGUCGCAAGAAAUUGGAACAGUGCUCUCAGGAAAUACUUUUGCAAUGUAAGAAACAUGUGAAAAGACAGUUGACAGGGGCGAUUUUAGAGGAGGAGGAUUUGAGUGUUUGCCAACAGGGAGACGAUUCAGCAAGCUUUGAUGAUUCAGCAGCCGAUGGAAGGAUUGUUACCUCUGAUGAGAUUAGUAUCUGUGAUCAAAACGGAAACAUUGGUGAGACUUGUUCGGAACAAACAGAAGAUUCUCCGGAAAGUGAGAAAACUGAUGUUGUUUUGUCUUGUCAUGACCGAGACUGUUUCUGCCCCGAAUGUGGGUUAGAGCGCCAGGUGGCAGCACCUGAGCCAUAUUGGUCGAGUGCCAAGAGUUUCUACUCCUGCACUGGCCUGGGAAUGGACAAAGAAAUAGUUGAAAAUCGCGAUGGGGAAUCGUUACAAGGAGGCAGUGUUGAGUUAGGUCAAAAUGUAAAUAAAUUCAAUGUUCAGGAUAAACAAUGUUGCGACUUGGAAUGCAAAGGUAUCGAAACAGAUACAGCUGAUUCCUGCAGUGAUGCAGGUUUAGGAAAUGAACAAGAUUUGGGUUGUGAUAAACGCAAAGAUGUCGAGUACCUUGACAUAAUGGCAUUGUGCAAUACAGUUGACUUGAUGCAGGUUGGAGAUGAGAGUCCCCGGGAUGCGUUGUCAAGUGGAAAGGAUGAGGAUAUGGCGAAACCAGUGAUCUCAACUGAGGUGGACAGUGGUGUGACUUCACCACAGGUUCCUGUACAAGAUGUUGCUGAUAUUUGGGCAGCAGCAACCGACUUUCACAUAUUUACGAGUACAGCUGAAGCGGUAACAAAGAAAUAUAGCAUUUGGAGUGUCGGAAGUGAUAUCGGUCUUCCUAGUUUGCCCGCAGAUGUCUCCGAUGAGUUGAUCAUACCGGGAUGUUUCAUCAGUGGUGCUAAUAAUACUCUCAAGGAGAAACCCUGCUCAGAGGACACAACGUCUGAUGGAGCCAAGGAGGAACCUUACAUACUCAUGGAGGAUGAAGCCUUCUCUUUAGAUCAGCCUUCAUAUGAUAAUGAAGACUUUGAUCUGUCCUUUAUCCAACCACCACACAGACCGAGGGCGUUCUAUUCGUCUGAAUUAGAGGAAGUUUGGAUGCGGACACCUGAUUUCUCCGACUCCUGGUACAGCAGGAGGAAGAGGAGGUCCCGUUCAGGUUCCAUCUCCAACAAACCAUGUAGUUUCUACAUGGAGGGCAACUGUCGUCGGGCAGAUUGCCGAUUCUCGCACGAUCUGUCUUCCAUCACGUGUCGCUUCUGGGAGAGAGGUGAAUGCUUCAAAGGAGUCACCUGCCCUUUCAUGCAUGCUUAUAACAGUUCCGAAAAGAAGUCGUCCACCAAACCGGAGUCAUUGACUCUUGAAAAUAAAGAGCAAGAUUUCCCCAAGUUAUCCCAGGAAUCAAAAUCAGAUGAUGAGAAGUCAUCAUAGGUAUCGUAGAAAUCGAGCGGCCAACCAAAUCCAUCGUCAAUGAAGACGGAGCAAGCCACAGAUAAAGACAGAAGAUUUCAAUCAUCUUUUCUUGGGAUACUACAGGGUCAUGUCCAGUUCAUUCAUAAAAACAAAAAAAAUCUAAGAUUAAAAACUCAAUCAUUCAGUUUCUCUUUCAUCAGGUUUGUUUUAUAAAAAAAAGUUGUUGAUGAUGGUUUGUCAGGUAGGCAUUGUCUUUAAUGUGUUGCUGUCUUUCUGAGUGCGUGUAUCAUCAAGUAUGGAUCGCCAGAAGUUAUAGGGGAAUUUUCUAUUCUUGUUUGAACUUUUUGAGGGGAAAAUUUAUGAAUAGGAUUGUCAACCAAAGUUCUUAUGAAGAUUGGUUACAGAGCAGUUGCUUCGAUAUUUCUACUGCAACACUAAUGAUGGGACUUUGGUGACUUCAUACCCUCCCCUUCUUCAAUUUCUACAUCAACAGUGCAUUUUUGGCUUUCCAAUAUGAAAUUGCACGGUGUGUCUUGAGAUAAUUGUAUAAUAGUGUGUGAAAUGUUGAGUUUUAUGAGCAUUUACACACGUAUCUAUACAUCCAAUAAAAUAAGUGGUCUGGCACUAUUGGAUAUAAAUUUGUUAUUUCUUGUUGUCAAAGAUGGAUAAAAACUGGGUUGUUAUUGUUUCUCUCCUGUUGAAAAUCCUGUUUAAUAUUAGUGUGCUUGUUCUGGCCUGAUUUCAGAUAAAAAUUGACAUACAUAUGUGUUCAUGAAUGGUUGAAAUAAGAAAAAAAUUCAGAAAAAAAUCAAUUGUUUUGAUUGUUUGUGGGUGUAACCAAGGUAACUAAACCAAUUAAACAUAAACUAAAUGCUAUUGGAGUUUAUUCUUCUCAGUGUGAUUGUUUGUACAGUGUAAAUUCUCAUCUCUCAAUGCCUAUCUGACAGCCAUGAUAAAAAAAGUUUUUUCACUUUUGUAUUCACUGCAGUUAAAGUGUAGAGGAAUUUCCAUACAUUGUAUUAUCUUAGUCUAGUUUUCAUGUCAUCUCAUUCGAAUCCUCCUAAAAGCAAAAAAAAACAACCGAUAAGAAUCAUUCCACACAAUGAGUGUGUAAACUUAUGGACUGGAGGCAUCGAUUAAAAUACGGUGCAAUGGGUGUCUUAACGCGUCCACGAUAUCUCAGUGAGGACUCUCCACUCCACAUGUACAUGUAAACUGCUAUGUCACUUACUGCGCUAACGCUCCCUGGGGUAAAGUCCCACGCAAGCAAAUUGCUGUUGUUUUAAAAAAAGAUUAUAUCGCAUUCAUAUUCAAUAGUCCUUCUCUUAGUCGAAUUCAGAUCUCUUCAAAGGGGAAAUUACUUAUGCAAAUUAAUGGUGUGGGGUCGAACUGAGUUUUAUCACUCAACUUGUGAUGAUAGGCAUCUUCCAUCAAGUUGAAUGCCUGUCUGCUUGGAUCACUCCUCAUUCUUAUCUAGUCGAUGUUCAGAUCAGUUUAGUUUGAACAGGUUCACUCGCAGCCACAGCCAUAUCUUUUCCAUAAAUACCAUCAUCAUCAUCUCUUCAAAAUCUUAAGCGCUGCACAAAUGAACUGCAACCUGUGAUUACACUUCUGUGCUGGUUGUCUUUUCAUAGUGUGCAUUUCAAUUUGUUUCAUCUGCUUGCCAGUUUGGGCAUAGUUUGCUGUCAACAGGCAGCUAAAAAAAGUUAUUGUUUGAUUUUCGUCAAUAAUAUUCAUCAUUAAAGGAGAUUUAGUGAAUGUCCUUCAAUUAGAAAGGACGUAUUUUUCCCACGUACAUUGUAUCUUUCGCCAAAGUAAUUCAUCUUUGAAAAUACUGCUCCAAGCUCAGAAGUUGUUAUGGAAUAAAUGUCACAACUUGGUAAUUAUUUAUAAAGGUACUUAUGUCAACAACAACAAAAAGGUGCUUUGAAGUUUCGAAUAGACACCAGUUUGAUUUUCGUGUACAAUAGUUUAUGUUUGUGUGUAACAUGUACAUUUCCUCCCUUUGGGCUGAGCAGUCAGCUCCUCUCUGACUUGUUACAGCAGCUAAACCAUCAAGCUACACUUUCACCUCACUUCAAAAAUGUAAAGAUGUCGACAGCUUGCAAGGUAUUUUGUCGUCAUUAUAAAGUUGUCAAACGACAGGCCAGCCCCCUUUGUGUUAGCUUACGUUGUUGUCAUUGUCAGUUUCAGCCGUUUUGGCCAUUGUACAAUUUACAUUUCAUGUAUUCUCAAUCCUCCAUACCUGAUAAUUAUCAGCCGGGGUAUUUUGAUUUUAGUUAAAGUUGUUGGAACAUGGCCAAAAAGAGGCUUACCAUUCAUGCCGCCUGAAAGGAAUCAAGCCAUUUUUACUUGAGGGGGUGAGUUUGUUGGGUCAUGGAUCAAGGAACUUUGCUAAAGUGUUAAGUCUUGUCACAUCAGUGUAUUCCUUUUCAAAAAUGUCAUGGUUUGAGUUGUAUGUCAGUAGUUUUUCCCUUCAGGUCGUUUAAUUGAUUCAACUAUAGGCUAGCUUCUAAGCCAUUUUCAUUUUAGCCUUGCCUUUUUCAUUGAUCUAAGUGUAUUGCUCCAACCUGCAUGUCAAUUCUUUCCUGUCACAAUCUUUUAUACUUUUGGUAUGCAGUAAUUGCGUGUUUGUCUAUUUAUUGUUUCACCCUGUAUAAAUGUUCAUCACGGAAAACUUGAUCCUGCAUCAUCAACAGUUUUGGGUAACAACUACUAAAUUUUUGUUGAAAAGAUUUUUAGUUUUCCCGAUAUCUGACAAAAAAGCAUCUUGACACCCAAGGUUUUGAGAUAGCUGAGUCACCCGAAUAUUUGUGAUGCCACUAUUCAAUUAAAGGUAGUUUCCAACGUUGAUAUUUGUAACCAAGAGCAGUGUCGUGUAGAGGUCUCUUGAUAAAAACCAUGUUUAUCCUGUCUCAACCAGCUGAACUAAAAAUUAGCUGCAAAUAAUUCAUAGGGGCCGAUGAUUCCGUUACCUAAAAGAGGCCUACUCAGGUUGUUUAGGUUCUGGUUGUCAAAACACUUGCACAAUAGAAAUGAUUUCCAAACUUUUUGUCAGCGUAAGAGUCUUGGGAAUUGAUAUGAAGUCGAUCAUAACCAAUCUGUGGGAUAUUUUAACAUACUUUUGAAGAGUAUUUCAUCAGAUAAGCAUCAAUAACCAUGGUGCAGUCUGCCGACGUCUGCUUCAAUCACCAAUUCACUGGUCGUCAUGUAUCAUUCAACAUGGAGACCACCAAAAGUCUUGCAGUACUAAAAUUAGUUAAAGAAUGUGCUGUGAGCUUGGUGACUGAAUUAGAUAUGUUAUCGUUGUGGAAUUAUUGUAAAAGUAAAAAAGACUCUUUGAAAACUUGCCUCAAAAAACUUCUCAGACCGAGAUCUUGUUGUCUGAAUUUUACUAAUCUCACUCAACACCAAUUCUGGUAUGUUUUAAAAAAAUAUCAUUGCAGGGCUAGAUGAGGUGUAAGAUCUGAUCCUGGCCUGGCCUGGCCUGGUAUCAUAACAUUCUAGAAAUUAUUUUAUCCUGGACAAUAUAGGGUGGUAAACCUUUCACAGCUGUUAAACUUGGUCAUGUUUACUUGUUUUGACAACUUCUGACAAGAUAGUGGUCUCCCCAGUGAAUAUUCUGUAAUCUGGUAUUAGUGUAGGACAUUGGGUGAUAUGAAUAAAGACCAGCAAAUGCUUUUAUCUAAAACUCCAUGUACAUUUACACUAGGCCUUUCUGUACAAAAUUGUAGUAAAAGCAUUUACUUGUCUUUAUUCAUAUCGCCCAAUGUGUGGUAUUGACACUUACGGAGUACAUGAUUCCCACUCACAUAUUUAAAGCCGAAUCUGUUGUCUACAUUAAUGACCAAAUAAACACUUUUGUGCAGGGGUUGAUACCACUCUGUUUUGGGGAUGUUAAAAAUGUUAAAGACCUGUGAAAGAAUCAUUGUAAGAUACAAAACUGACAUUAUUUAUUGAGAAUAAAAAAGAGAAAACCCA